AUGGAUGAGAAAACUACACGGAUCGGUGCUCCGUUCCCAUUCAUGUGUCCGACUGCAUCGCCGUCCACAGCCGUCUUCCCACCUCUGCAAAUAUUCCCGAAUAUGCAAAAUAUGCAACAGCAAUUUCAUUUCUAUCAGCUGAUGCAGCAGAUGGUUCAACACCAGAAUCAACAACAGCAACAGAGGUUGAGUGCCGGUGCUUCGCCAGUCAAUUCGGAUCAAGCGUCGUCAAGAAGUGAUACUCCACAAAGUAAGAAACUAAUACUCGAUGAGGACGGAUGUGCGACAUGUUCGGUGUGUACAGAGAAGGUGCCAGAGGCCGAAUGGAAUACACAUAUUGAUUUGGAGAAAGAGAGGCUUAUCACAUAUAUCACAUCAACAAAGGAAAAGCGCGAAAGAGAAAACACACCAGAUCAGUUUGAUCAGAAAAGAAAGAGAGAGCUGGAAUUGCAGAGGAUCAGAAAUAAUCAGAAUAAGAGACAGACAUUAAAACGAGGACUGGCCCGUGACUGCUUGACCCCAUUCAGUCGGCAAUCAAAUGAUGAGACAGGCUCAAGUGAAUCUCCAGACAUGAAGAAAGAUGAUGAAUUCUUUAUGAAGUGUUCCACGUGUCAUCAACCAUGUGCCUAUGCCAUAGUAAUGUCCUCAUUCGACCGUCCAAAGUGCCAAAUUUGUUUUGAUCUUGUCCGAGCUUCCGUUCUCACCUCAGCGGUAUGUUUCAAUCUUUUUUUUGGGUCGACAGAAAUUUCAAUCAUCUUUUUCAAAGUUUUGAGUGAAUUUCUAUAUCUUAAAAAAUUAAAAUUCCAGCGCUACAUGUCUUCUAAACCUUUUGGAUAUGUUUAUGAUGAACGGAUGCUUGGGCAUGAGUGUAAGUAUGAUUCUACGAUGGCGGAAUGUCCAAAGAGAAUGAAAUUGAUCUAUGAACGAAUUAAGGAUGAUACACUUCUCGAAAAAGCAUUAAAAAUUGAGGCACGUGAAGCGGAUGACUCUGAAAUCCGUCUCAACCAUCCUCAGGAGCUGAUUGACGAAAUUAUUAGCUUGAAUACAACAGAAAAGUGUGAAGAGUAUUGUAAAGAUAAGGAGAUCCUGUGGACUUGUGAAAACACAAAUGAAGCCGCUCGUGUAGCCAUUGGAGGUUCUAUUGAACUCGUCAAAGCUGCUGUUGAAAACAAAAUCCACAAUGGAUUUGCUAUUGUUCGUCCACCAGGGCAUCACUCCUAUGGAAAUGUUCCUCAGGGUUACUGUAUUUUCAACAAUGUCGCUAUUGCUGCAAAGUAUGCAAUCGAGAAAUUGGAUGUUAAGAAAGUGGCAAUUGUGGAUUUUGAUUACCAUGCUGGAAACGGUACAUUUCAAUCUGUUAAAGAUGAACCGAGGAUUCAUUUCACAUCUUUCCAUGGUCAUCAUUAUGGAUCGUUUUGGCCGUUUAGUAGAGAAUAUGAUUAUGCAACCAAUAAUCCGAACACUUUAUUUGUUCCACUGAAUGGAACACUGAACUCUGAAGGAGACUUUGUAUCGGUAUUCCAUCAUGUUGUUCUGCCAAUGCUGAGACAGUUUGAACCAGAAUUGAUUCUUAUCUCAGCUGGUUUCGAUUCGGGAUACUAUGAUAUCAUGAUGGAGUUUGGACAAGGAGUCAAGGCUCAUGGGUACGGUCACAUGGCUCGUCUGUGCAAUGAAAUCUGCCCUGGAAAAACUAUUGCUAUCUUGGAAGGAGGCUACCAUCCAUACAACUACACGGAAAGUGCAUCAAUGAUGGUUCGAGGCCUUCUGAAUCAUCCUCUUCCUAAGCUUACAAUUCCUGCGCGUAUAUCAGGAUCACUGCUAGAAACAAUGUGGAAUAUUGUGAAUCAUCAUUCAAAAUGGUAUCCGAAAUUGGGAGAGCGACUGAAAAUGAUGGGAAAUCAACAGAAGAAUUUAGGGUUGGCACCAUUCGUAUUCAAUCAAACUCUGUUUUUGGGAGCUAAAAUGAGGAAAAUGUAUGACGAUGUGAAGAAGAAUCGAAUUGUUCGAACAAGGGAAUGGUUUCCUGAAAUGACUCCUGAACAAGUUGCGAUAUGCAAACAAAAAAUUGACGACUACAAAAAGGAAUACGUGUUCGACUCGAAGCAUCCUGAUCCUUCUGAAGAGCAGUUGAUUUCUCAGUGUGUAUGGGACGAGGCUGCUCGAUCGGAUGCGUUCAUCCAAGCAACUCCAUUCGCCACGUUUUUGAUCCAGGAAUUCAAUGAUUUUGUCGCUGGUAAACGAGAGAAUAUGAUGAUUUGCGAUCGAGAACUAUACACUGAAGCAGUUGAAAAGGGUGUUCUUAGCUUCCAUGAACCAAUCAUUACUACA